AUGAUCAGCACAUAUAUUGGUCGAGCCAUAAUGCAGAUAUGCUUCAUGAACGCGUCGUGUUUCGCCAACCUCACUGGCAGUGCCAUCAGUGCCCUCACUGCUAACCUUACCUCAGCACCAUCAAGCCGUACUCUGUCUAAGCCGCCUCCAAAACUGUUCGAAACAAUUAGCGGAUGUGACGAGGUCAUGAAACCCUACAUACAAAAUUGUACAGUCGCUGCUUACGCACAACUGGUACAAGACAGUUGCAGGAAAUUGUACAUCAUGUCCUUGCCGUUGAACCCAAUCAUUGGUGGAUGGCGAAGGCGGGGUUCGUCUGUCGACCGAGCCAGUCCGUCGUCGUCCAAGAGGUCCUCGAUGACCAUCAGCAGCGUUCCUCAACAUUCGGCCGCCAUCGAUAGCAGUAACUGCGAAGCCGUCAGUCGUGCCCCUAGACAACCCUCGCCAGACAAACGUCGAAGCUGCGCGAAACACUACAUCGGAGCAAUCAAGUCGGAACUUUACAUUCGUAAAGGAUCAGUGCUGGUCAAGAGCGGCUCCACCGACUCCGGUGUGGGCCAAAUACGUCUGCGCUUACAGUAUGACUUCCAUAGGUCUGACUUAAUCGUCCAAAUAAUCGAAGUCACGAACUUGUCGUCGACCUCCCCCAAGUGCUACGCAAAAAUCCUCAUGAUCACGGAGGACUUCGAAACGUUCCGAAAGCUCGAAGGCAUUCUCGAUGGAGAGUCGUACACGUUCCAGGAAAAGGCAAAAAUUCCUGUAGCGUCCGACGAACUUUCGAGGAGCACCCUGAAGAUUCUGCUGUUCGAAAACGCGUAUGGCACGAAGUUCAUCGGCGACCUCGAAUUGGACCUUUUGGAGAAUGACCCGUCAGCUGAAGUCGAAGUAGUCGCUGACAUCGAGAACCGGGCCAGAUCCGACAUGUUUUCCUUCGCUGAGGUCUGUCCUCCACUAUUUGUUGAGGAACAUGUCUCUGGAGAACUGCAGGUCGCCGUCAAGUACCUGCCGAACGCAGAGCGAAUGGUAGUGACCAUUCUAGAAACCCGAGGCAUGGACAUUCUGGAAGUUAUGCGUCUUAUGGGUAAGUUGCCAAAAGGCCAUUUUUGGAAAAUAACGAAUACCAUAAUUGGUGAGAUAAUCAUCGGUGAAAACUCUCCUCUCUUGUCAGGACGGAAACAAUGGAAGUCCGUUUGCAAAGAUGGCGAAGAAACGACAGUAUGGCAUCGUCUAAUUAAGUACGAACGCUCGGAUCAUGAAAGGCGCUACAGUCGAUAA